AUGGCCAUCGUUAAAGUGCUGUCUUUCCUUCUAAUCACCUUACACCUGUGUGACGGGAAGAGAGGACAAGGAAGCUCAGAGCUUUUGUUUGUCCGUCUUGCAGAUGGCAAGCUCACGGCCAGGAUGAAAAUGCCCUAUGCACCCAAGUCUGUGUUCAGGUUGUACAUGGGUGGGGAGGACAUAGAGGACUCUUGCGUGGUGGAGCUGUUCCGGGCUGACACACUGCAGGCGUGUGGCUUCAACCACAGCCACCCGCUGGUCAUCAUUACCCACGGCUGGGCGAUGGAUGCAGUUUUGGAGAAGUGGAUUACCAGGCUGGCUGCUGCGCUCAAGAGUACACAAAAAGAUAUCAAUGUUCUGGUCACUGAUUGGCUGGAGCUAGCACAGCAACACUACCCAAUCGCUGCUCAAAACACACGUAUUGUGGGGCAGGACAUUGCCCAGCUACUCAUAUGGCUGGAGGAUUUCAUCCAGGUUCCUGUUGGUAGGGUACAUCUGAUUGGAUACAGCCUGGGAGCUCACAUAGCAGGCUUUGCGGGCAGGACCCUGGCUAUGUCAGGGAGAACCCUGGGGAGAAUUACAGGUCUGGACCCUGCUGGCCCCCUAUUCGAGGGCAUGUCACACGCUGCGCGCCUGUCCCCACACGAUGCCAGGUUCGUGGAUGCCAUCCACACGUUCACGCAGCAGCACAUGGGGCUCAGUGUGGGCAUCAGGCAGCCUGUCGCCCACUAUGACUUCUACCCCAACGGAGGGGCGUUCCAGCCUGGAUGCCAACUGCACGUUCAGAACCUGUAUGCCCACCUGGCAGAGCACGGCCUUAUGGGUUUCGGGCAGACAGUGAAAUGUGCCCACGAGCGCGCCGUGCACCUUUUCAUCGACUCGCUCCUGCACCCAGACAAGCAGAUAACGGCCUACAGGUGCAGCGACCACGUCGCGUUCGACAAGGGCGUCUGUCUGGACUGCAGGAGGAACCGCUGCAACACUCUGGGCUACGACAUCAGGAAAGUGCGCACAAGCACCAGCAAGAGGCUGUACCUCAAAACCCGCUCGCUAAUGCCCUAUAAAAUGUACCACUUUCAGUUCAGGAUUCAGCUUUUCACGCAGACUGAAAAGGCGGAUACUUCUCUGAGCAUCAGUCUCACUGGCACUCUGGGAGAGAGUGAAACCCUGCCAAUCUCCCUAGUAGAGGAAAUCUCAGGCAAUAAGACCUACACUUUCCUGAUCACCCUGGACACGGAUAUUGGGGAUCUGAUGAUGGUGUAUGUUAGCUGGGAUGUGGGCCCACUGUCUAGCAUGUGGAGCAAAGUAAAGACCAUAAUGCACUGGGGCAGUAGCGAGGAGGGGCCUCAGCUUGCCAUUGGCAAGAUCCGAGCCAAAGCAGGGGAAACUCAGCAGAGAACAACAUUUUGUUCACAGACAGCGGAUGUGGUGUAUAUUCGGCCAUCUGAGGAAGAGGUGUUUGUUCGCUGUGAGAAAAGGACACACAGCUGACGAGACUGUGCACUCUAGAGGGUGUUGAAGCGUGGCUGCCGUUACCUUGAGAGUGUACGACGCGAAAAGUGACGAGGGAGCGUGGAGGAAGGAUGGUUGCCUCGUUAUAGGGGAUAUGCUUGAUGGUUUGUUUAUACGUUAGGCUUAAUUGUUUGCAAAUUUUUACGUGUAAUUAAUAAAGACAUUAAAUAGUAGACUAGUGUGAUGUGCAUUCCAAUAACCAGCAAAUAAUUCAACAAGUACAAUUUCUCGUGACUAUUUUUCACAACUAUAAAGAGUAGCUUAUGUCCACCUAAUAGGUUUCAAUUAUAAAAGAUUAUUAUCUCACAAAGAUUUAACUGGAUUGAUUAAACAAAUUAAUCCAAAUCACCUUUUGAGAACUCUGCACGUACAAAUGAGGCCUAUGUGGUAGAUAGGUGGCAUAAACAAAAAUUACUGUUAAUGAGAUACUUGAUCAUUUAAGUAGAUAUAGAGACUUGGGGAUACUUGAAUGGUCCAGUGUUGUAGCAAUUUUCAAAGGACACCAUAAAGGACAGCUGGCAAACAAGACAUGCCAGUUAGCACUAAACCAUGGGAAUGCUGUCAUAUUCACUGAGGAACGGAGGCUGACUCAGAACAGGGAUGACAAAGUCGGAGUGGGAACGGAGGUUUGGGGGGGCGGGGGGGUAAUAAGACGCUAUUCAAAUAAAUAAAUUCAUUAGCCAAAAUUCAUCUUUAGAGCUUCAACACCCUUAUAGUACGUGUGCCCCUUAAUAAAUAAGGUAAUUAAUACUGAUCACUAAGAAUCUGUGACUCUUUUAAGUAAAUGGUACAAUAUAAGUCAAAUGGAGUCCCUUGCCCAAACUGUAGUGGAUAAUAGGGGGGAUAAUAGGAGUUAUUGCUGCCUUGCGCUCAUACACUGGAAACCAGAUGAGUGGCAUCCAGAAUGCAUGGACUUUCAACGGGAAUUUCUAGAACUAGCCUGCAGUUCUUUAGUGUGUACAGCUGUGUUAAUAAGUUGUACAUUGAGGUGUUUUUGAUCAAGUCUAUUUUUUUUAUUAAUGCAUUUUCAAGUACUUCAAAAAAAAAAAGAUGUAUCUUUGCACAAUACUUUUUGCAGUUUUAGUAAAAAUCUUUCAAAGUGAGCAUAAACGGAAGAACGGGCAAAAGUAAAUAAAAAAAGAAAAGAAAAAGGAAAACAACCAGAAAAAACAAGCAAAUUUACUGUAUAAAACACAGCGGCCAUUAAGAUCAAACAGUAGUAUUAGACAUUUUUCUCCAUCUUGAAUUUUAAAUUCUCUCCACACAACGCAUUGUGUAUAUAUCAGUGCACAUUCCUCAUAUGCUUAAAGCAAGACAUGGGGGGGGGGGAAUCCAAGGGACACUUAUUCAAAUUAAAAGUUCUCUCCACUAUACUCCAUGUACCCCACCCCACCACAGAAAAAACAGAGAAUAAUUAUGUUAUUCAAGGCUUAAUCAGUUAACCUCAAUUCCAACACCACCACAAACCUCAUUUUACACAAUGCAUAAAAAAAGAAAGGAAAAAAAGAGAGUUUAUACAUUUUUUCAGGGGGUGGGUUGGUGUUUGAUAGUAGGUCCUGUGAUGAAAUGAAUAUGAAUUGGCUCUGUGCCAUCUUGAAGGAUCCUGCUGGCCAGCACUGGAUGUGGGAGAGACCAUGUAUAUAUUGCAGGCUGUCAAUGUUUGAGAGAACCUUCUAAACCCUGCAUCCAUUGUGGCACGUUUGGGAGAAAUGUAAUGUAUUCAACUGAAAGUGGUUGAGCACUCAAAAAUGUGAAAAAAAGAAGACUGAACAUCCAACAAAUCUGCAUGAAACAUCUUGAUCCCUUUUAUGCUCGCUAUGCUGAAAAGGCUCAACUUAUUUCAGUGAGGAUAUGAAUAUAUCUGAUGUUAUUGUAAGGUCUUGGCAACAAACUGAGAGAGAGAUACGGGAGAGAGAAGUCCGUGUGAGUCAGAGUUGCGGAUGGCCAGAGCUACUAAAAGACACCGGGCUGCACUUGCUGCCUUGGAUCUGUCCUCCAAUAACCACUUCCCAAGGACCACUGCAGAACAGGUACACAUGCAGAAACCUGUCCAGCCUCUGUUCGGGUGCAGCGUUGGGCGUUUCAGUGUGUGAUGAGCACUUAAUCGCCUGCAUGAGAGCGCUUGUGGGUGUUGUGAUGCCCAAGAAUAAAAACUGGUGGUGUGCACCUGCAAGACAUAAGAGACGACAACCUGGAAAUCUGGAGUGGCUUUGUCAAGGACAGGGAUGGUGAGCUGGUGCUGGAGGUGCUUUGCCUCAUUUCCUUACAGGCUUUAUUUGUUAUGAGAUACUGGUGAAGCAACCACAGAGUCUUUCAUGUUGCUGUCUGGGUCCAGCUUCUGCCCUCUGAACCCACCGCCUGUCCCAUUGGAGCAAGAGAGCGUCAGAGCAUCCAAUUGCAGUCACCGCUCCAGAACAUCAGCCACAAGAAUUGAAAGCGUGACUAAAGAAGCUCUGGAGUAUGUCUGCUUCUUCCGUUUCUUCUUCUCCUCUUCCAGCUGGAAUGACAAACAGGUCUGUUCUUCUGCUGCUUGUGUCUCGUCUAAGAUCUGACAGAUGACAAAACCACGAAAGUCUGCAAAAACUAUAUAAAAUAUUUUUUUAAAAGGUGCAGUGAGAAUACGUGGGAAGUGAGAAGACAGGGUUUACUUUGCUCAAAUUAGUGUGUACCAAAAUAUGGUUUUUCAUCAUCUACAAUGACACCACACUAGCUCAUCUAAGUAACAAUAUCUUAAGUCUAAUUUUUGUCUGUUUUCCUAUCACAUUGACUGCUUACUUUCCUCUUACUCUCUCCCAACCUGUCUUCCCUACUUUUCCCUUGGUCCCUCCCUCUCUCUCUCUCUCUUUUUUUUCUCUCUCAAAAGAACUCAGGAUCUUAGAUCUCACUUGAUCUUAAUAACCCACCACCACACCAAAUCCAUGCCAGCACAAGCAGAAACCUAGGGACCUGUUCCAUAGUCAAUGCACUAUCAGUCAUAGAACAGAGUAGGAUCUCGCUCGCAGCCCAUGAGAAAAAAAUAAAAAUAAAAAUAAAAAUUUAUUUUGUUA